AAUGUCCAAAUGGCGGCAAAGAGGGUUUGUCCAGGAUUCGGAUGAGGAAGAGGACGAGUCGCAGAUUGAAAGUCAGGGCGAGAAACGUGAAUCUAGCGUGGAUGGACGCGUCGAGGGCGUUGACGAUGAUGGCAGUCAUGGCGAAAAAGUUACAGAUGGUUUGCAGCAGAGUGUAAAAGAAGAUGGGGCGGAAGAACAAACUGCCAAAGAGAUCCAACAAACGAACACAGAGAAGGAAGUCAACACUACGCCAAAACGAAGUGUCUCGCCAAAUCGUCCCGCGCUCUCCCCAUUCACACCCGUCUUCGCGCCAUCUUCGCAUCGAGAGCCCACCGAGAGCCCCGAUCCGCUUCAGAGUACGCCAGUGCCUAGGACUCAAAAAAAUGGACCGCCUCCCAUCUCUCUUCGUCCAGCAUCGUCAGUCGCUCCACGCGAUUCACCAGCGUUAGAAACGCAUCGCAGUGAUGGGUUUGCCCUGUCUUCGCAAAUUCUCGGAGAGCCUAUGCUGUUCUCACGCCAGUCGACACAGAGUGUUGGGAAUGUGUCUUCGCAGAUACUCGGGGAACCGAUAACGCUCCCACGACUAUCGACACUGAACAAUGAUAGCAAGAUCACAAGUUCCUCUCAGAUAUCGGCUGAGGACCGUGUAGCAUUUCUAUUCGACGACUCUGAUAACGACCCACUGUCAGAACCACCAUCGAUCGUCAACUCGCCAGACACCCUGUCUGACAACGCUACACCUCAUCGACGGACCGCAGUGCGGGUGGUCAUACCAUCUUCGAACAUUCUACAGAGGCAGCUCGCAGAGCAUGCACCGAGUCGCGAGUUCCGCCAGCGGAAGCCAAUCCAGCUGCAUCCAUACGCUAUUGAAGGUGAAAGAUACAAGCAGGAUUUCCAAAGCCGGGGCAUCAAACCAGUGCCUCGAGCACGGUCUCCACAACGACAGUUAGGGCACGUUGAUACAGAAACGCAGGAAGGAAAUUACAACCCUGGCAAGUCUCGCUCUAAUAGCCUGGAGCUCGAGAUACCAGUCUCUACGCCUCUCAUCCCAAGGGCAAGAAAGGACCCGCUGCAAGGAAGCUCGACUCGCCGUAUCGCUUCUGAUCCGGCGAGACACAGAUUAUCCGAUCCUCAACUGCGUGCCCCACCCGCUGCGAAGAAAAGGAAACUCAAUCCCUCGCUGACACAGAUCGUAACAUCUACAAGCAUAUUUGAUGUUGACAACAGGCGUCGGGACGUCUGGUCAAUACCCCCAAACUCACCACCAUACUCAAGCAGUCCUCCUCGGAACGGGAACAGGGCAGUCCGUCGAGCAGGUAGGCUUGCUGCAAACACCCCUGUUCCAAGUCUUCCGACCCCGUCCAAUUCAUCCGUUUUUCAUGAUGAUCCCCAGCCUCCACCCGAGUCGGACUCAGAACCUGUCCCCGGUAGCAUACAUAAGUCUGGUGGAGGAUUGCGUCGACCGACGAGAGUUGUGGCCAGUGCUACAUCGUCAUCAGCAACCGAUGAGUCUAGUGAGUCUGAACAGAGUGACGCCGAGUUAAGGAACGUUGGAAGGAAGAUAAAGGGCGUGCUCCCUGCAUCGUGGCUUCGAUUCGAUCUGCAGGCGCAGGAACGUCGAAAGGCUCAAGCAGCACGUGAACGGGAACGCGCGCGGCAGGAUGCCGCGCGCUCUCCUGAACCAGCUGAGCCUCAACGUGGAGUAGCUCAGAAAGUCAAAAGACGGCAUAGAAGGGCCUCAUCGCCUCAAGCAUCAUCAAGAGAUGCUAUAGUCAUCUCCGACGAAUCUGACAACGAACCCGAGGUCUCUAAUUCCCGCUACACCAUUCACGUAGAUGAUACUGUACAGCAGAACGCAUCUGCAUUGGCCGCAAUGUUUGAUGAUCGGUAUGGUGAUGACGAUAUGGCACAUAUGGAGCAUGAUCGCCUGCCUUUACCCACCCUUGGGGGUACCGGGCCCAAACGGAAAAGGCAGACAAAGCUGGCGGACGCGUUCAGCAGGACGAAGAGAACGAAGUUGUUGACCGGCACUGCUAUUCCUACUGGAAGACGGCAUGAUAGCAAGACAAAAAAACGAAAGCACGUCAAUUCGAGAGCACCACGACCAAAACCGCCACCAGCUUUGAGUGUCUUUGACGUAGACGUCUCAUCGCCAGGUCAAAAUCAAGACAUACCACUCUUUAUCAAGCUUGCGAGACGACAAGCGCGAAAGCAACCAAAUCUUGCUCGACAAAGUCCGAGGCAUAAGCAAAUUCGACUGCAUAAUGUUCGCGACACUGAAGAUGCGAACCUCACCCUCCAGCAGUGGCGUCAGGGCAAACUCAAACCCAGAGCAAAUGCGUCGCCACAGCAGUGUUCCAACCGCCAGCCACUGUCUGAUAGAACCGACGUUCAACAAGGCUCACAACAACAGAUGAUUGCUGAACAUCGCUCUACUCAAAUGCCGGAGAAGUCGUCAGAACCGAAAUCGAACUCAGGUGUACGCCAAAUAGUUCGUCGUAAAGACUUUCCUUUUAGUCUUGAAAAGUUCCAACGAACUUCUUCCCAAAGGCCAAAGUCCUCACAGCAGAAACGAAAGAAAGCACACCCUCAAUGGCAGCCUCAGCAACUGACCCUACGAGGUCCCCUCCCAUUUAGAACUGCGCAACUCGAAGGUGGAGAGAAUGACUUCGACCAGAGUCAUCGAAAGGUCGCGUUUGAAAAGGAAUUGCUGCGAGUUGACCAACAAUUCGGUCUUCAACAACCUAUGAAUCAGCCCUUCAGCAACCCACAAUUGGCACGAUUCCUUGCCGAUGACGAUGCUAUCCUUCCGCCUCUCCCUUCGGCGAGAGACAUUGGGGAGCUGCAGGGAGAGACCUCUGUACCCCAACCACCGCCAAAACGACGCCUGAUGCGAAAGAAACAAGCUCAUAGGAUCGAUGUCGAUGCUCGAGAGUACCGGCAGCCAAGUGAGCCAGCUGUUCAGGAUGUCGUGAACGUAUUCAAAGCAGUCCAAGUUCAAGAAACUCUGCCGGAGCAGCCUCGACUACCAGUGCUCCAAGGCUUAGGGCCUUUCGGCGCACAGUAUCCCACCACAUUUGAUGUGUCUCCGCUCAAGGAUGGCACGUACUUCCACUCCUCGACGUUCAUCGGCUCCGAUCAACUACGGUACGCUUUAUUGACUGGCAGAGAGGAUGGCCGCGAUCUGGACGAGCCGGCUGGAUACUGUACUAUCUCAUAUAACACCACAUCGUUUAGGUGUGGGCCCUGGAACGAUGAGACCUGUUCACGACUUCAUGACUUGAUGAAAGCAAUAUGGUUACCUCUCGACAGUCAAUCGCAAUUCUCUGAUCACUCUCCAGUCGUAUACAGUGAGGCGCUGGCGCAUACCGCAAACUUUCUACGUUCACUCAUUUUUUACCUCUCCACACAUUUGCGUUUUCUCGAUCCAAUUGAUCGAAAGGGCUUUGCGACCAAGAUGAGCCAAUUUGUUCAACUAAUGCUCGAUCGAACGUCUGGGGCGUACGCUACAAUCCGUGGACAGAGUGAACAUUCGAGUGGUGCACAAAGUAGUAUUCGCGUCAUGACUUAUCUGCUUGUAUUGAGCACACAGGUUUAUCAGAUUGACCAACAUCCCAUGGCAGGCCUACACAGUCAACCCCAAAUCAUCAGUUCUGUAAAGAGCAUAUCGAAGACAGUCAUUGCGUAUUUAGUGCACGAAGGGUUUUCGGAGUUGGCCGAUUUUCUCAAGGACAAUGCGAAGCAUGUCACGCGAGAGAACGGAAUUCAAGAAAGCGACGCACUUGUGGAGAGCGUUGUCGUGUGUAUGCAUGCGCUACAUAAUAUCGAUUUGCCUGCAUCAGGGUUUUGGGACAUUGUCAGCCAAGAACUUUCCGUGUCAGCCACGAAGGCCGUACACAUUCAAAUGUUCGAGUCUUCAUGGGCUACAAUCUUUACGUUGCUUCCGUUCAUCGAAUUCGAUGUAUCUGGAAUCCCUACCAGAAGCCGAAGAGACCUCUUUAAGUAUGACAACUGGACCUGCAUCAGGGAUAUUCUGAAACGACUCUUCGAGCUGUACCCAAAUACAAACAGUCCCUCGCUCAACGGCUACGUUCGCGCCAACCUGACGAGAUGUCAUAGAUUGAUCGAACAUUGGCACUGGAGACGGCCAGAACAGAUGCUCAACGCGGCACUUGAUUUCUUCGGUAAGAAUGGACUCAGACCAUUGCGGCAUGAGGCAAGUCAUGGUGCUUCAAACUACCUGCACAAUCUGGCGACACAAUCGUCUCUGGCUUUGGAACCGAACGAGAAUUCGUUUCACGUAUAUCUCAAAUGCCUAGCCAUGGGUCUUGAUGGCAUGAAGGAGACGUACCUCGAGAAAAAGAUUCGAAGCUUUGUCUUCCGAACUAUCCCCAACCACGGCCGGCGCCAUCCCAAGGAUCAAUCCCUCGAUGAGGACAGUCUAGUUGCCCUGCGCAACCAUCACGAUCUUCUCUGUACGCUCUACAUGAGAGCACCUCCAUCUUGUCGACCAAAAUUGGACCACAUUCGCGACCUUGUGAACCAUGAAGUUUCUCACCGCGAAGCCUGUAGGCUCAACGUGCGCGCCUGGGCCAACCUCGCAACCUUUCAGCUGUCAGCCGACGAACCCUAUACAUCCACGAAGCCGUUCGCACUUUGGCACAAGGAGAUCAUGCACCAAACACUGAAGCAAUACCGCCUAGCCAAGACUGAAGCAGAGGACUAUCUGAAGUCUGGAGUUUUAGAUGGAACUAGCGACGUUUCUGCAAUCAUGGUUCGACAGACAAUGGAAGGGAAUCAAGAACAAGUCAUCGCGACCCUGCGCGACUGUAUUGCAGGCAUGAGGAAGGCUAUUCAGCAUACCCACGACCAGACAUCAUUGAGAAACUUCCUCAUUGACUCUGACAUCGCCUAUUUACUCGAGCUCCCGCAUCUUGAAGAUCGUCGCCUCAUCAGCGUCAUCAGAGAUACUCUAUUAGUCCUCCGCGAAUAUGCAAACUCGCACAAAGCUUAUGCACAACGUGGAGAGAGUCAGUCGACAAGUGAAGAAAGCCAAAACUAUGGCGGCGAUUCUAUCGAUUGGGACGAUGUUCAGCAUAUCGAUCCUCAGUCUACUGAGAAUGUUCCUAGACAAUCGAGUCUGGACUUCAUCGAAGGUCCUCUCUGGCGACUAACGUCCAACGCUUACGGCGCGGAAAGCUCGCCAGAAGACAACCUCCUCAUGGACUGCGUUGAUACGUGGGUUCUUGUUGCCGCGUGUCAAGUGUCACUGGGUGAUAAGUCAUGGGCUUACUACAUCGACCCUUUCAGCCCAGUAGCAUGGCAGCAAUUGAUUCAAACGGAACAGACACGCAAGUUCGGCCCGUAUUACAUGGCCGCUCUGAUCGACUGUGGUCCGGCUGUGUAUGAGGGACAUCGUCUCGAGUUCCUCACUGCGCUACUGCUUUCCCUGGCCGAGCGCGAGUCAAUGCUUCGGUUCCAGAACCGACUGCUGCACUCCAUUGUCCAAACGGAUCACGAUCAUCCGCUUUGGAAAAAUCUUCCGUUCUUCCGCAAUGAGCAGACUGGCGAGUGGGACAUCACCGCGGAGACUUUGCAUGCGCGGCGUCUCUCCCUUAUCUCCAGCAUACUGGCCAACCUACGAGAUGAUGUCCAGGCCACCUUUCAUGACCAACCCGCACGCGCACGCGAACUAAAAGGAGCAUACGCCCAAAUACUUGGAAACUUCAUGAACACGAUGAAGCACAACUACCUGCAACUCCAGCAAGGUAGUACAGUAACCGGCUCUUACGUUGAAUUCGUCCAGAAAGUUGUCCAAUUCCUCAAGCAAUACACAAACGACAUCACCCCUGUGCUGCCCUUCUUCACGGAUUCAGUCGCUUUCCCUCUCCCAUCCACAGAUCCUACGUACGUGGUUGGCCGCCUCUGUGGAUACGCGCCGAAAGCAUCAGAUUCGGGCACCGCCAAACAGCUCUCCAUGUUCAUACAGACGGUAGCGCAACAAGCCGCGGCUGACAACCAGCAAUCGUACCUUGUCACGCAACUCACGACUGCUCUAUGUACGGACGAAGCACCAUUAGCUGAUAGGGUGGCUUUACGGUCUGUGCUGCUUCGAAGUAUCUUUCCUGCAUAUCUCGAAGGGGCAUUUUCUUCGAGCACAGCCUUUCUCAUAGCCAGGCCAAUGUUAUAUGUCCUACCGCAGGUCUUGGACACGAUGAUCUUCGAUCUCAGAGUCACGCAGCCAGACAGUCUUGACGCGAUUGUAACGGGUGUCAUGGCUGUAGCACACGCAUUCAUCCGCGGCACCGAGCUACUGAAAGACAACACAGACAUGUUCCAGCGACCGCACAUUCUCGCCGCUUUGACGCAUAUGCUACGGGCCAUGCGCAGCGCUGUCCCGCUCCUGGAUUACAUCUACAGUCGCGCUACGUGCGGCGAUGCGAGAAAACCUCCACUCGUGGUGUACAUGGAGAAGUUCAGUGUUUAUAUCGCGCAGACAAUCUGCGGUGUCGAACCACACGCCAUCCCUUCAUUUGACGGCGAUGCACACGUCCUUUCUUCCGAGCUGCUGAGGUUUUGCCGGAGCGGGUUGGAGGAGGGCAUGAAGUUGAAUUGGAGCGAGAGGAGCGGAGCGAUUUGGUUUGCACACGGAAAUGCGAAGAGGGAGGUCGUGGUUGAUAUUGGGACGGUGGAGGAGGAGAAGGAGGGGUUGGUCGCUGGGAUCGAAGAGUUUCAUGCGACGCUUUCCGCUGUCUAUGUUGAGGAUGGCGAGUUGUGGGGAGGUGGAAGAGCGUUGGACGAUAUGGUUAUGUAGUUAUUUUGUGUUUUUAGCGGCAUCGUGGGCGUUUUGUAUUGAUGGCGUAGUGUACAUGGAAUCGUACAGACUUUUUGAAUCGUAUAAUCUGGAAG